UUGCGUAGAGAAGCACAUGUUAAAUGUUGAAUGAAUGAUGAUUUUUUUUUUUUUUAAGUGCGGUUCUCCUUAAACUCCCAGGCUUUACCUGAACAAGUCAGCUGCGCGUGAAUUCUUCCACCCAGUAGGGGGCGCUGUGACGUAGUCAACCCACCUACUGGACCAUCGAAGCAGUCUCGUGUUUGUCCGUUCCUUUCAGGAAAAUAAAGCUAGCUUUAAUUGACCGUGAACGUUCUUUCCCAAAUAAUGCUCACAUUCAUGUUACACGUUUUAAAGCAAAAACCGAACCGGGACUAUGAUGUGUGUGACCUAAACAUAUUAAUUUGUCGGAAUACGAAACGGACAUUUAAUCCCCGUUAACGGUCAGACAGAUGUUAGCUCCCAAGCUAAACAUGUAAUUUGCUUUGUACUACUUACAACUGUUGUGUGCUAUUUACUGUACUAUUUGUACUCGUUUGAGAUGACUACAAAUGUUGCUCUGAACGUAGCACGGUAGGGGAGCAGGCUACUCCACGAAGAGGAACGCACCAGACAUACUGUUGAGAGAGACUUGAAUUAAAGAAUGGAUCCGAGGAAUACGAGCACAGUUUUCCAAACACACAUUGAUUACAUUGCAGCGAGCGCUCCCAGUAGUUUUGACAGCAAUGAUGCAGAAACGCUGCACUCUGGUGGGGAACGUUCGAAAUCUGAUCCACAGCUGACGAGAAAAAAGAUUAUGCUUCGACACACUGAGGAACACAUUUUUGGAAAGAAAGCUGCUAUUGCUCCGAAGAAGAUGAAACUGAGUGAGAAGGAACAACCCGGACCAGAUUGUGUAGCCUCAACUCUCAGGAACAGAGUAAAUACAUUUUUGCAGCAGCAACAAUGCCCCAGCGUUGUGUUAAAGUGCAAUAUGUUUAAGCCACCUGUUGCAAGAGAGGCUCCAAUCCGCAGAUCAGAUCAAGAAUUGCUGGAAGACCAUCAUCCUCUGAAGCGACGAGUGAAAGCUCUGCUGAAGCAUACAAAUGGUCAUCCCAAUGUAUUUGUGUCAAACCACCCGGUUCCUGAUCACACAGCCAUUAGACCUCUUGCUGCACAAUUAUUUCCCAGACCAUCACCUAUUGCAACGCCUCCUGCCAGUUCAAGUGUUGCUUCACCAGACCAGAAGGAGAGUGACGCAAACAAGGGCUUUGAGCGCUUCCUAAGCUUGCUCAACAGUGGAGUCAACAUCGAACUGCUAAGUAAGAUUGUUAACGAUGACAGCGAAGAUCUCCAUUCAGAAGACGGGUCCAUGAACAUUAAGCCCAAUGAUGUUAAGGGCGUUUUAGAUGUUCCUAUUGGCAGUGAAAACCACGAAUGUAACAAUUAUAGUCUGAUACCAGAGGGAACAGAGCGGUCCACUUAUGAACAGUCCUCCUGUGAGACGCACUCACUGUCUUAUGACAACAAGAACAGAAAAGACAGACAAAAGUGCUCUUUAAGUCUCAGUGAUCGAUCCGAAUUUCCCCCAACAAUAAAGAACAAAAAGGAAAAAGAAAAACCGGCUGAGGUUGAUGCGAGGUGUGAACUGCUUCAGAACAUCCUAAACACUCUGGGCUUGAGCCUGGAAACUGAAGAGCUGAGCAAACUAACAGACCGGACUGAAGAGAGACUGUAUGGGAAAAGGAAUGAGAGAAGUCCAGUUGCCACCAGUAUAGUGGAGCAUGACAGUACUAGUAGCAGUUACAGUCCCUCUCGCAUGCAGCUCUCCAACAGCAGGAACUCAAUGGAUCAUCACAGGGAAAAGUCCUUUUCCGAGUGCAGCGACUCAAAAAAGAGCAGAGAGGAACUUUCUUUAUUUUCUUACCAAGAUGAUGCACCAGUACAGAGGAUUGCUGGUAACAACCAAGAUCUGCAAACCUUUGAGGAAACCCAUCACGCACAUUCCAGCCAGGAGUGCAAUACUGUUUCAAGUUACAGUUUGCCUGAGCAUUCUCAAUUCAAUGCUUCUUUCAACGGGGAAAACAGUUCUUGCUGGACACCGGCUCAUGGUUCCCAGUCCAUUUUCCCUUUUCCUUACUCAUUGUACACAGACCACUCCCACCCCACAAUUGCUUCCGCAGACUCUGAAUUAAGCCAUAUCUACCACUCCCAAGAACAUGUCGAUAUGAAUCCAGACCUCUUCUUGAGCGAAUGUCAGUUUCGCUCAAAAAAACGUUGCCUGAAAACAGUCAAACAUAGACCUAAAAAAAAGAAAAGGAUAAAUGAUAAGCCACAAAUGGCAAUUAUAAGUAAGGAAAGGAUACUAAAACAAAUAAAAGUGACAAGUGACUUUACGAAGAUGAUGAUGCCUCAGCAUGGCACAAAACACCAAGAGGUUGAUCAUCCAAAAAAGGAGAAACAACCACCAACAGAAGAGGAAAUUAAAGCAAAACUGAAAAAAAAGUUGGAAGAAUUUAACCAGAAGAACAAGCCUCACACCAUUCCAAAAUCGUGACACACAAGUAAGCCACUAAUGCCCUAGUGUCACGUUUGAAACAACAAUGGGCCUUAUCAUCUUUUGAUUGAGAAAUAUGUGACAUUUAUUAGUUGAUUUACAACAUAUUGAGUGCAAACAGGAGAGGCACUCUUAGAUCUGCAUCCACACGACAGCAACUUUGUGAAGUUGAACUCUGGGCAAUAUUAUUUUGAUUACUCUUCAUUAUAGUGAUAUAAUAUACAGUCAACCAUAAAAGCAUUCAUACCCAUGGCAAAUUGUGACUAAUAGUUCGAUUGAAUAAGUUCAUCAUGUCUUAUUUAUAUACUUUUUAAAAUGUUCUCUUCUUCAGACAAUAUCAAUCAAUCAACAUUUAUUUAUACAGCUCUUAAUCACAAGUGUCUCAAAGGGCUGCACAAGCCACAACAAGAUCCUAAAUCAGUGCAAGAAAAACUCCACCCAAUGUGCACAAUGGGAAACCUUGGAGGUGACCGGAGAUGUGGGGACCCCCUGGGCGACCGGUGAAACUGAUAUUGACUGAAUAUAGUUAAUAAUGUGAGAUAUUUUGGGUAUUCUAUUUAUUAUAUCAAAAAUAUUGUCUGACAACAAAAACAUUUGAUAAGUAAAUAAAAGCUGAGACAUAUUUUUUUCAUAAUGAUAACUCUUUUACAUCAUCUGACACCCAUGCAAAAAGAAGAAAAAUACUUGCUAGUUGAAUGAAAGUGACUCUAAAGAUUAUUAAUAAAAUUCCACUUUUCUUAUCUGUUGGCACCUGUUAUUGUGUUGUCAUGUAGCUUUACACUAAUUCAAACAAACUACAUUAUUAAUAUAUGUAUAUGUAUAUGUGUAUAUAUUGGUUUUGUUCUGAUACCAAUAUUUUGGUACCGGUACCAAAAUGUAUUUAGAUACUUUUCAAAAUAAAGUGGACCACAAAAAAUGGCAUUGUUGGCUUUAUUUUAACAAAAAUUGUCACGGUACAUUAAACAUAUGUUUCAGUUUGCAAUGUUGUCCUUGAAUAAAAUAGUGAUUAUACAAGACAACUUAUAUUUUAGUAGUAAGUGUUAGGUCUGGGAGAAAAUGAGGACUCAGGUGCAGAAGCAUGACAAUUGACUCAGACUUUAUUCAGUUAGUUAUCUUUGCUAUCUGUAGGACAGAGUGAUCUAAACAAAGUGGCUACAAAAUUUAUCUAUGAUAUAUUUGAGGAACAAAGAAAAUGGAGCAGUGGGCAUAAGCGCAAUUCUCCAAGAUGGCGGCGCCCGGAAGCUCCUGGUAGAAAUGGAACAUUUGGCAAAAAUACUUGACAAUUCUGCAAAUUUCAUGGCUGGCUUACAGCGUGGACACUCCGUGAUCACUUACGACCGCCAGACAAUUCUGGAUGUGGAUAGAUCGGGCCGUUUUGGACUGAAAGAUGCGUGUUUAUUGGACCUACUAGCUAGCAUGGGAAUACUUUGCCGGCUACAUCCAGCGGCCUGUGAAGCAGCGGAGUACCAGCGGAGGCCGUCUACGGAACAGACGCAAACGGUGUGAUCGGAAGCAGAAACGCGAAUGCCGAGCGAGGCUAACAACAAAGCAAGAGGCUAAUCCCCACAGAACACGGCUUCAUUCCAUCCUGAGGCCGGGUUUAAAAGGAAGACAAGAGCCUACUGGUCUAGGUAAGGUGUCAGUUAAGUUAGAACAAGUUUUUUCUGCUAUGACUGUUUCAGAGUUAGGCACGCGUCCUACUGAGGUGGCAAAUUAUGAUGCGUUCAGUUUAUUAAAGCACCAAGCAAACAAUCGGAACAUGCGUUCUACUGAGGUGGCAAAUUAUGAUGCGUUCAGUUUAUCAAAGCACCAAGCAAACAAUCGGAAAAUUCCCGUCAUCAAUUCCUAGAUAUGGUCGUAAUUAUUUUAAGUGCACUAUGCAUAAUAAACACAUUUACUAUUGCUACUAUGGAUAAUUUGAUUAAAAAAUCCUUAAAACAGCCACUACCUAUAAUAUAGGUUUUUUAAACAUAAGAUCAUUGUCGCCCAAAACGUUAUUAGUUAAUGAGGUCAUCAGAGACAACAAUCCUAACGUCAUAGGUCUCAGCGAAACCUGGCUUAAACCAGACAACUUUUUUGCGCUAACUGAGUCAUCUCCUCCUAACUAUACGUAUGCACAUAUUGCCCGUCCCCUUAAAAGGGGUGGGGGGGUCGUACUAAUAUACAACGAAAACUUUAACCUUAGUCCUAACCUAAAUGAUAAAUAUAAAUCUUUUGAGGUGCUUACUAUGAGGUCUGUCACACCGCUGCCUCUAUACCUGGCUGUUAUCUACGGCCCCCCAGGGCCCUAUUUGGACUUCAUCAAUGAAUUCUCAGAGUUCGUUGCUGAUCUAGUGAUGCACACUGAAAAUAUAAUUAUAAUGGGGGACUUUAAUAUCCAUAUGAAUACCCCAUCGGACCCACCGUGCGUGGCGCUCCAGACUAUAAUUGAUAGCUGUGGUCUUACACAAAUAAUAAAUGAACCCAUGCAUUACAAUGGUAAUACGAUAGACCUGGUGCUUGUCAGGGGUAUCACCGUUUCCAAAGUUAUGAUACUCCCGUAUACUAAAGUAAUGUCCGAUUAUUACCUUAUAAAAUUUGAGGUUCAGACUCAUGUUCGGCAAACUAAUAAUAAUACUAACUGCUAUAGCAGCCGCAACAUUAAUGCUGCCACAACGACAACUUUUGCUGACCUACUGCCCUCGGUAAUGGCACCAUUCCCAAAGUAUGUGGGCUCUAUUGAUAACCUCAAUAACAACUUUAACGACGCCCUGCGCAAAACCAUUGAUAGUAUAACACCGCUGAAGUUAAAAAAGGCUCCAAAAAGGCGUACCCUAUGUUUUACAGAAGAAACUAGAGCUCUGAAAUUAUCAUGUAGAAAGCUGGAACGCAAAUGACACACGACCAAACUUGAGGUGCACCAUCAAGCAUGGAGUGAUAGUUUAAUAACUUAUAAACGCAUGCUUACCUUAGCUAAAGCUAAAUAUUACUCAAAUCUCAUCCACCUAAAAAAAACGGUCCUAUUUUUGUUUAGUACGGUAGCAUCGCUAACCCAACAAGGGACUCCUUCCAGUAGCUCCACCCAGUCAGCAGAUGACUUUAUGAAAUUCUUUAAUAACAAAAUUUUGAAGUCAUUAGAAAGGAGAUCAAAGACAAUGCGUCCCAGCUACAACUGGGUUCUAUUAACACAGAUACGACUGUAUAUACAGCGGAUACUGCCCUCCAAAAUAGUUUCUCUCGUUUUGAGGAAAUAACAUUAGAAGAAUUGUUACGUGUAAAUGGAAUAAAACAAACAUGUUUACUUGACCCACUUCCUGGGAAACUUAUCAAGGAGCUCUUUGUAUUAUUAGGUCCAUCAGUGCUAAAUAUUUUAAACUUAUCACUUUCCUCUGGCCCUGUUCCCCUAGCAUUCAAAAAAGCGGUUAGUCAUCCUCUCCUUAAAAGACCUAACCUCGAUCCUGACCUCAAGGUAAACUACCGACCGGUGUCUCACCUUCCCUUUAUUUAAAAAAUCCUCAAAAAAAUUGUUGCAGAGCAGCUAAAUGAACACUUAGCGUCCAACAAGCUACGUGAAACCGUUCAAUCCGGUUUCAGGGCAAAUCCCUCUACGGAGACAGCCCUCGCAAAAAUGACUAAUGAUCUAUUGCUAACGAUGCAUUCUAAUGCGUCAUCUAUAUUGCUGCUCCUCGAUCUUAGCGCUGCUUUCGAUACCGUCGAUCAUAAUAUUAUAUAAGAGCGUAUCAAAACACGAAUUGGUAUGUCAGACUUAGCCCUGUCUUGGUUUAAAGGCCUACUGAAACCCACUACUACCGACCACGCAGUCUGAAAGUUUAUAUAUCAAUGAUGAAAUAUUUACAUUGCAACACAUGCUAAUAUGGCCUUUUUAGUUUACUAAAUUGCAAUUUUAAAUGUUCCGCGAUUUUCUUGUUGAAAACGUCGCAGAAUGAUAAAGCAUACGCGUGACGUCACUGACUGUAUGAAAAAUAUUAGCUCAGCACCAGUUACGGCUAAAAGGCGUUUGCUUUAAUGGCAUAAUUACACAGUACUUUGGACAUCUGUGUUGCUGAAUCUUUUGCAAUUUGUCCAUUUAAUAAUGGAGACUUUAAAGAACAAUGCUGUUGGUGGGAAGUGGUGGAUUGCAGCUGUCUUUAGCACUGUUUGUUGUGAAGCUUUAACACAAAGGGGUCAAGCGAACAUGUUUCUCUACGUCAACCAGCAUGUUUUUGGAUGGGGAAAUUGUGAUAUAUAUCUUACCGGAGAAAUCAUUGGAUUAUUCGUCGUCCUGCAGCAGCUGUGUAAAAGGCAGCUGUGAGCUUGGCAGUUGUGAGCUCGAGGUAUAUCUUUGCAAUCUUUAAAAUCUCCCUAAAACACUAUUAAAACAAUAAGCAGAUAAGAGAUCUUCCAGAAUUAUCCUAGUAAAUGUGUCUAAUUACAUCUGAAACGCUCACACUGCCGCCGCCGUCGCAUUUUUUUUUCUUCUUUCUAGUCCUUCUCUAUCAAUAUCCUAAUUCACAAAUCUUUCAUCCUCGCUCAAAUUAAUGGGGAAAUUGUCGCUUUCUCGGUCCGAUUUGCUCUUACUGCUGGUGGCUCCCAUUAAAAACAAUGUGAAUAUGUGUGGAGCCCUGCAUCUCGUGACGUCACCCGUACAUACUUCUGGUAAAGGAAGGGCUUUUCUAUCAGCGACCAAAAGUUGCGAACUUUAUCGUCGAUGUUCUCUACUAAAUCCUUUCCGCAAAAAUAUGGCAAUAUCGCAAAAUGAUCAAGUAUGACAUAAAAUGGACCUACUAUUCCCGUUUAAAUAAGAAAAUCUCAUUUCAGUAGGCCUUUAACUCUUGUCUCCCAUAACAAUGUGACCUCGGACUAUGUUAAGGUAACAUGUGGAGUUCCCCAGGGUUCGGUUCUUUGCCCGGCACUCUUCAGCAUCUACAUGCUGCCGCUAGGUGACAUCAUACGCAAAUACGGUGUUAGCUUUCACUGUUAUGCUGAUGACACCCAACUCUACAUGCCCCUCAAGCUGAUUGUAGUCAGUUGGAGGCGUGUCUUAAUGAAAUUAAACAAUGGAUGUCCGCUAACUUUUUGCAACUCAACGCCAAAAAAACGGAAAUGCUUAUAAUCCGUCCUGCUAGACACCGACCUCUAUUUAAUAAUACAACUUUAACAUUUGACAACCAAAUCAUAAAACAAGGUGACUCUGUAAAAAAUCUGGGUAUUAUCUUCGACCCAACUCUCUCCUUUGAGUCACACAUUAAAAGCGUUACUAAAACGGCCUUCUUUCAUCUCCGUAAUAUCGCUAAAAUUCGCUCCAUUCUGUCCACUAAAGACGCUGAGAUCAUUAUCCAUGCGUUUGUUACGUCUCGUCUCGAUUACUGUAACGUAUUAUUUUCGGGUCUCCCCAUGUCUAGCAUUAAAAGAUUACAGUUGGUACAAAAUGCGGCAGCUAGACUUUUGACAAGAACAAGAAAGUUUGAUCAUAUUACGCCUGUACUGGCUCACCUGCACUGGCUUCCUGUGCACUUAAGAUGUGACUUUAAGGUUUUACUACUUACGUAUAAAAUACUACACGGUCUAGCUCCAGCCUAUCUUGCCGAUUGUAUUGUACCGUAUGUCCCGGCAAGAAAUCUGCGUUCAAAAGACUCCGGCUUAUUAGUGAUUCCUAGAGCUCAAAAAAAGUCUGCGGGCUAUAGAGCAUUUUCCGUUCGGGCUCCAGUACUCUGGAAUGCCCUCCCGGUAACAGUUCGAGAUGCUACCUCAGUAGAAGCAUUUAAGUCUCAUCUUAAAACUCAUCUGUAUACUCUAGCCUUUAAAUAGACCUCCUUUUUAGACCAGUUGAUCUGCCGCUUCUUUUCUUUUCUUUCUCCUAUGUCCCCCCCUCCCUUGUGGAGGGGGUCCGGUCCGAUGACCAUGGAUGAAGUACUGACUGUCCAGAGUCGAGACCCAGGAUGGACCGCUCGUCGGGACCCAGGAUGGACCGCUCGCCUGUAUCGGUUGGGGACAUCUCUACGCUGCUGAUCCGCUUGAGAUGGUUUCCUGUGGACGGGACUCUCACUGCUGUCUUGGAGCCACUAUGGAUUGAACUUUCACAGUAUCAUGUUAGACCCGCUCGACAUCCAUUGCUUUCGGUCCCCUAGAGGGGGGGGGUUGCCCACAUCUGAGGUCCUCUCCAAGGUUUCUCAUAGUCAGCAUUGUCACUGGCGUCCCACUGAAUGUGAAUUCUCCCUGCCCACUGGGUGUGAGUUUUCCUUGCCCUUUUGUGGGUUCUUCCGAGGAUGUUGUAGUCGUAAUGAUUUGUGCAGUCCUUUGAGACAUUUGUGAUUUGGGGCUAUAUAAAUAAACAUUGAUUGAUUGAUUAAAUAGACCCCCUUUUAGACCAGUUGAUCUGCCGUUUCUUUUCUUUUUCUCCUCUGUCCCACUCUCCCUUGUGGAGGGGGUCCGGUCCCAUUGCCAUGGAUGAAGUACUGGCUGUCCAGAGUCGGGACACAGGAUGGACCGCUCGUCCAGAGUCAGGACCCAGGAUGGACCGCUCGCCUGUGUAUCGGAUGGGGACAUCUCUGCGCUGCUGAUCUGCCUCCGCUUGGGAGGGUUUCCUGUUAACUUCAGUGUGAACGGGACUCUCACUGCUGUGUUGGAUCCGCUUUGGACUAGACUCUCUCGGCUGUGUUGGAUCCAGUAUGGAUUGAACUUUCACUGUAUUAUGUUAGACCCGCUCGACAUCCAUUGUUUUCGGUCCCACAUAUGCGGUCCUCUCCAAGGUUUCUCAUAGUCAUCAUUGUCACCGACGUCCCACUGUGGGCCCUACCGAGGAUGUCGUAGUGGUUUGUGUUGUGGUUUGUGCAGCCCUUUGAGACACUAGUGAUUUAGGGCUAUAUAAAUAAUCAUUGAUUGAUUGAUUGAUUGAUAAGGCAAAAAAACUGAAAAUCACUCCAUAAAGAGGAAACAGGCAAUAGCAAAAAUUCUAUACGGGUCUAAUAACAAAAAAAACAACAAUCUACGGUUAUCUACAAAAAGGAAAAUCAAUCAUGCAAAGGAGUCGAGAAGCCAGCAAACUAAAAGCGCUCCAGAAGGAGGAAAAAGGAAGACAAGGGACUAUGAAAUAGAUACAAAAGACUAGACUGAAAAACUAUCAACAGAAAAUCACUCUCUCAGAGGAAACAAAGAAAUCAAUAAAUAAAGCGAGACAAUACUUAUCAAACGUGGUACAAGGCUGGAGGUACGUAGCGAGACGAUACACUCUGGCAACAAGACAGGGGAAGACGAGGACUAUAUACACAUGAGGAAGGGUGACACAGGUGGGCACAAUCAGGCAAUCAGGAGAGACAUCAGACCAGUGACACUGGAGGAAAGGCAAGUGGCCUGAAACGAGAGGAGGAUUAGAAUUUUCAAAAUAAAACAGGAAGUUUGCCAGACAACCCCAAAACAGGACUUCCCUCACCACUGUGUGACAGUAAGUAAGCAAACAAAGGCUCUUAUUUUAGUCUAAUGACAUACGCAGUAACAGAUUGUGUCAUUUGUCAUUCUAUUAUCUGGGGUUGCAUGGCGUAGUGGGUAGAGCUACUGUGCCAGAAACCUGAGGGUUGCAGGUUCGCUUCCCACCUAUUGACAUCCAAAUCGCUGCCGUUGUGUCCUUGGGCAGGACACUUCACCCUUGCCCCCGGUGCCGCUCACACCAGUAAAUGAAUGAUGAAUGAAUGAUUGGUGGUGGUCGGAGGGGCCGUAGGCGCAAACUGGCAGCCACGCUUCCGUCAGUCUACCCCAGGGCAGCUGUGGCUACAGAUGUAGCUUACCACCACCAGGUGUGAAUGAAUAAUGGGUUCCCACUUCUCUGUGAGCGCUUUGAGUAUCUAACAAUACAAAAGCGUGGUAUAAAUCUACGUCCCAAGAGCGAGCUUAUGUAGCCGAGGAUCGGACCGCCAAGUGCCCUGCCUUCGGCUGCCGCCCAGCUCACAUUGCACCCGACCUCUAUGGCCCCUGCUAUGGGUGGUGAGCCCAUUGGAGGGGGGACCCACGUUGCCUCUUCGGGCUGUGCCCGGCCGGGCCCCAUGGGUACAGGCCCGGCCACCAGGCGCUCGCCAUCGUGCCCCACCUCCGGGCCUGGCUCCAGAGGGGGACCCCGGUGACCCGCGUCCGGGCGAGGGAAAUCUGGGUCCUUUGUUUUUACUUUUCAUAGAGGUUUUCGAGCUGCUCUUUGUCUGGUCCCUCACCUAGGACCAGUUUGCCUUGGGAGACCCUACCAGGGGGCUUAAAGCCCCCAGACAACAUAGCUCCUAGGAUCAUUGGGACACGCAAACUCCUCUACCACGGUAAGGUGGCAGCUCAGAGAGGAGAAGGGUGGAGUGCCAUCUCCGGGUUGGGGAGGAGACCCUGCCCCAAGUGGAGGAGUUCAAGUACCUAGGAGUCUUGUUCACGAGUGGGGGAAGAGUGGAUCGUGAGAUCGACAGGCGGAUCGGUGCGGCGUCUUCAGUAAUGCGGACGUUGUACCGAUCCGUUGUGGUGAAGAAGGAGCUGAGCCGGAAGGCAAAGCUUUCAAUUUACCGGUCGAUCUACGUUCCCAUCCUCACCUAUGGUCAUGAGCUUUGGGUCAUGACCGAAAGGAUAAGAUCACGGGUACAAGCGGCCGAAAUGAGUUUCCUCCGCCGUGUGGCGGGGCUCUCCCUUAGAGAUAGGGUGAGAAGCUCUGUCAUCCGGGAGGAACUCAAAGUAAAUCCGCUGCUCCUCCACAUCGAGAGGAGCCAGAUGAGGUGGUUCGGGCAUCUGGUCAGGAUGCCACCCGAACGCCUGCCGAGGGAGGUGUUUAGGGCACGUCCAACCGGUAGGAGGCCACGGGGAAGACCCAGGACACGUUGGGAAGACUAUGUCUCCCGGCUGGCCUGGGAACGCCUCGGGAUCCCCCGGGAAGAGCUAGACGAAGUGGCUGGGGAGAGGGAAGU